ACACAACCAUGCUGCACUCCGACAUUAUCCUUGGAGGCUAUAUACGUUUUUAACUGCCGCGACGAGGGUUAACUGCAGUGUCGUGCGCCGCCAACUUAUCCGCCCUGCAAUUCUUCGACCUCUUGUGUACUUAAGGAAUGGAAGAAAACCUGAAAACAUUUAAACCCGACGUUGUUUGGGAUCCCGAGGUGGAGGCCUACCUGCGAGGCGCUCUGGGCUCCGAGCGCUUCCACCGCACCGCAGCGGCGCUGUGCCGGCCGCCCCGCACCACCUGCAUGCGAGUCAACACACUCAAGACAAGCACGCAGGCAGUGGUGGACCUCGUACGGCAGCAGCUGGGGCCCGACUGGCCCCAGGAUGUCGUACAAGUGCACCCGCAGGUCCCAUGCGCAGUCCUACUGCGAGGCAGCGGCCCCCACGAGGUGUCGUACGAGGCCGCAGGCUGCAAGGAGGUGGUGGUGAGCCGCAAGGCGGGCGAGGCGGUGCUGCGCGGCGCCCCGGUGUAUGCCCCCGGAGUGCUGGCGGUGAGCUCGGGGGUGGCGCGAGGGGAGCUGGUGGCGCUGGCGGUGGCACGGGAGCGACCCGGCAGCGACACUCCGGAGAUCACGCGGGGUACGACACUGUACGAGACGGCACCUGCCGGGGAAGCUGGCAGCCGGAGGUGCCGUACGGAUGCAGCGCCGACACACCUGCAAGCAGCAGCCGCGGUCGCAGGAGCUGGCACACCGCCGUCGCCACCCGAGCCCGACACGUCCGUCGCAACGCCUGCAGCAGGGGC